UUUAAAAAAAAAAAGAAAUGAAUGGGGAGAGUGAGAAAUAGAAACGGACGAGAGAGUGAGUGCUGGCAAAAGAUUCCCUCAUUCAUUAACAUUCACAUUCACGAAUCACAAUCACUUCCUACUUCCUACUUGCCCAGUAACUGUACUCUUUCUUUCCUUCCUUUGUGCGGUGUUGAUUUGAUUAGAAUUAGAAACCCUAAGAGGAAAAGGAAAUAAUCGGUAGGAUGGGGUGUGGCAGCUCGAAGCUGGACGAUCUCCCAGCGGUGGCUCUGUGCCGGGAGCGGUGCGCCUUCCUGGACGAAGCAAUUCACCAGCGCUACGCACUCGCCGCAGCUCACAUCGCAUACAUAAACUCUCUCAAAGCAAUUGGAGAGUCUUUGCACCGUUUCAUAAACCAAGACAGAGAAAGGGAAAAUGGGAAAGAAGCCAUUCCCUCUCCAUCCCCAUCCCCAUCCCCCUCCCCCCCUCACAAAACCCAACUCUCCAAACACGCCUCUCCCUCCGCCUCCGACUCCGACUCCGGCUCCCACCUCCACUUCCACUCGGACUCCGACGACCUCUCCCUCCACCACUCCCCCCAAGCCACAUACUUGAACAUGAAUUACAUGAAGAAGAAACCCACGCCCUCAAUUGUGUACCAGCAGAGGCCCAUGAGCCCCCAAGCUGUCUACGUCGGAGAGUCCUCUUCCUCUUUCUACCCUUACCACUACCCUUACCCUUACCCUCCCGACCCCUACCACGGAUCUUCCUCUCCGCCACGCGCCCCUUCCAAGCCCCCUCCGCCUCCCCCCUCCCCUCCCAGGGCCUCCACUUGGGACUUCCUCAACUUCUUCGACACCACUGACGACAAGUUCUACCCCCACACCCAUUUCGCCGCCACUCCCAGCCGCGACUCCAGGGAGCUCAGAGAGGAGGAGGGGAUCCCCGAUUUGGAAGACGAGGAUUACCACCACGAAGUCGUCAAACAGGUGCAUGGGGAUCAGAAGCUCGUCGACCCUCCUCUCCCGGAACAACAAGACCAAGACCCUGAGGAGGUCCAGUAUGAGGUUCACGUCGUCGAUAAGAAACUGCUUGCUCCCGAUAACGAUGCCCCCAACCCCAAGGACCACGCCGCAUUCCGCUCCCGCCCACCCGUGGAGGUUGCCAGAGAGAUUCAGCUUCUCUUUCACAGGGCUUCCGAUUCCGGUGCCCUAAUCGCCAAGAUCCUCGAGGUGGGGAAGCUUCCCCAUAACCGAAAGCACGCAGCGUAUCAAGCUUCUUCCAAGAUGUUACAAGUUGUUGCACCCUCCUUGUCCCUUGUCUCCUCCCAACCUUCUACUUCUAAAGAUGCCGAAUCCGCCUCCGCUGCUGCCACUGAUUUUGAGCUUGAUCUAGCAACCGGAGCACGCAAUUUAUCCUCUACACUGCAGAAGCUUCUCCUUUGGGAGAAGAAACUCUAUAAUGAAGUUAAGGCAGAGGAAAAGAUGCGGGUCUUGCAUGAUAGGAAGUGUCGCAAGCUGAAGCGUUUGGAUGAUAGGGGUGCUGAUUUUCAUAAAGUUGAUUCUACUAGAAGUUUGAUUAAAAGCCUCUCCACGAAAAUAAGAAUGGCAAUUCAGGUUGUUGAUAAGAUUUCUGUGACUAUAAAUAAGAUAAGGGAUGAAGAAUUGUGGCCGCAGCUGAAGGAAUUAAUCCAGGGGUUGACUAGAAUGUGGAAAUCCAUGCUUGAAUGUCAUCAUAAUCAGUGCGAAGCGAUCAGAGAAGCCAGAAUACUGGGUUCCAUAGGAUCCAGGAAGAAGAGCGGCGAUAGUCAUCUUCAAGCAACCAAACAACUUGAACAAGAUCUUAUCAAUUGGACUUUCCAAUUCUCUGGCUGGAUAAGUGCCCAGAAAGGUUAUGUUAGAGCACUGAAUAAUUGGUUGCUUAAAUGUCUCCUUUAUGAACCUGAAGAAACACCUGAUGGCGUAGUCCCCUUUUCUCCUGGUAGGAUUGGGGCUCCCCAAAUAUUUGUAAUAUGUAAUCAGUGGUCCCAAGCUUUGGAUAGAAUAUCUGAAAAGGAAGUUGUUGAUUCCAUGCAUGUCUUUACCAUGAGUGUGCUUCAGAUAUGGGAACAAGAUAAGCUAGAAAUGCAUAAGCAGAUGAUGCAGAACAAGGAUCUUGAGAGAAAAGUAAGAAAUAUGGAUAGAGAUGACCAGAAGCUGCAGAAGCAACUUCAGGCGUUAGAGCGAAAGGUGAUUCUGGUAUCUGGGGAAGGUAAAGGUCUCUCAGUUUCUGAGAAUAAGAUAUAUCAGAGUGACAAAAGCAGUAGUCUACAGGCUAGCUUGCAGCGCAUUUUUGAGGCUAUGGAGAGAUUUACUGAUGAAACUGUGAGAGCUUAUGAGGAGUUGCUACAACGGAGUGAAGAAGAAAGUGCCGCUCAAAAUCACGAGAGAGUUUCAUAAGGGGGUUUAGUUAUUGGAAGUUGGAAUCGUAUCUUUGCCGUUUGCGGAGAAUAGAAACUUUUGAUCUCCUUCUAACUCUUCUUUACCAGAGUCUUGGGAGGAGGGGUUGGGUUUGACUUCUCACUGCACUAAGUUGCAUUGGUGCUUUAGAUGGCGGGAUUGGACUGGGGAAUUUGUUGUGAACCAAAAAGGUGUGAGGGGCACAGUUGCUUUUUGGGUACUCAGCGCUACAAGGGUAAAAGUGAAGUUGAGCUACUAAAAGACGGGGGAUGGGGGGGAACCCACAAAUUGGUCUUUCUUUUUCUGCAUUAGAAAAUAGAAAUAUAUGUUUAGAUGAAGGACGGACUCAGGUAUAUAUAAUAAUAUAAUCCCUGCAACUGCAAGUCAUAUGAUAGACAGGUGCUCAAAUUGAAGCUUCCAGUAUGAUGGGCGUACAAAUACAAAUGGGGAAUUUUUGUGAUGUGCAAUGGGAACAAGUCUAGUUCGCAUGAUGAACAUAGCUAGCUGUCCCUCGGAGUGACGCACGUCACUGAAUGCAUGAGUGUUAUUGGUUCCUGUAUAAAAUUAUGUUCCUUUCGUAAAAAAAAUUAUUCGUUUUUAAGCUAAAUUGCUGUACAGAUUACCUAUUAACACUUAGCAGGCUUAAUGAAAUAGCAUUUUUAAUAAAAUA